AUGGCAAAAAACCCGAGCAAAAGAGACGUUAAAACAAGCCCAUUGUCUAUUUUCGGAGAACAAGAAGGUGUUAUCUUACGGUCAUCUACUAAGCGAUACCGCGUCAUUAAGACCAUUGGUUGGGGGACUUUCGGUAUAGUAGUAGGUGUUAGUGAUGAAGAACAACAUGUCUUUGCUGUCAAACGUGUCCUUCAAGACCCAAAGCUGAAAAACAGAGAACUCUUCAUACUCAAUAAACUCAAACACACUAACGUCGUGGAGCUUUUAGACUCAUUCACUACAACCCUUCCUGGAUAUGAAGAGCAAUGCUUAAACCUUGUGACAGAGUGUUACCCAGAGAGUCUGCACCAGAUGUUACAUGACUACACUGUCGAACAACUUCCUAUACCUUUGGGGCACGUCCGGUUGUUCACUUACCAACUGUGCAGAGGGUUGUGCUACCUCCACAGUAUGAACAUCUGCCAUAGAGACUUAAAGCCACAGAACAUCUUGAUUGAUCGAGAGAAGCUCCACCUCAAGAUUUGUGAUUUUGGCGCAGCCAAAAUCCUCGACGUCCAACAACCAAACACCGCUUAUAUAUGCACCCGACACUACAGAGCACCAGAGUUGAUAUUUGGAUGCAUUAAUUAUACGACUGCUAUUGAUAUCUGGAGUGUGGGGUGUAUCAUAGCGGAGUUACUGACAAGUCAAAUACUCUUUAGAGGGAUGACAACGUCGGACCAGUUAUCUAAGAUUAUGGGAAUCAUUGGGUCACCCUCUGUCGAACAAGUCUUAGCAAUGAACCCUGAAAGCCCAUACACUAAAAUACCUAAAGUUGAAGGAAAGGGCAUCGAUGAGGUAUUGAUGUACACGGACUCUCCAGAUAACGCCUACGAACUCUUGCAACAAAUAUUCCAAUACGAUCCAAUCAAGAGACCAACCGCUAUGGAUAUCAUGUUGAGCGACUUUUGUAAAGACAUGUUCAGAGAACUUUUAAGAUCAGACGGAUUUGGCGACUGGACGGAUUACACGGCGGACGAGUGGCUUCUUGCAGACGCCAUCAAGAAGGUGGACGUUAUGAAAACGUUCUGUAUGCUCGACAAAAAACGACGAGAUAGGUACACUAAGAAAUAA